CAGUUAAUGAGUAGUAGAAGAAGAACCAGUUACGCAGGUGUUUACGUUUUCCUACUUCCGUAGCAGCCUAAGAAGCGGAGUGACGCUACCAAUUUAACGUUAAACUCCACAUCAGUGAAGAAGCUCUCGGUCAUUCUACUCACUUUUUUAGCUUGAAGUAUCAGAGAUGCCUGACAGAUAAAUGUUAUUAAGGUCGUUUGCUGUCCGCUACAGGCGCUGUAUCGCGAGUUUUCCCUCAUCAUCCUUCGCAGGGCAAAAGCUAAAAGCUAGCUAGCGGUGUGUUAGCGGCAGACAUCAUUUAAUAAUUUAACAAAUCAACGCCUGCUCCGCACUUUGACCUGUGUUAACGUAGAUAUUAAACUAGGCAGUCAUGGCCACUAGGCGUCUGACCGAUGCCUUCUUGUUAAUGCGGAACAAUGCGAUCCAAAACCGGCAGAUAUUGGCUGAGCAAGUGAGUACAAACGACCCCCGUCUGAGUACACGUAGCAAUGCUGCGGAGCUUGAUGAGUUGGCUGAUGAUCGGAUGGCGUUGGUGUCAGGAAUCAGUCUGGAUCCUGAAGCUGCCAUCGGAGUCACCAAGAAACUGCCUCCCAAAUGGAUAGAAGGGGUCGAUGAGAUCCAGUAUGAAAUCACACGGGUUCGACAGAAGAUGAAGGAACUGGCUUUACUUCAUGACAAGCAUAUGAAUCGUCCCACACUGGAUGACAGUAGUGAAGAAGAGCAUGCCAUAGAAAUCACUACUCAGGAGAUCACGCAGAUGUUUCAUCGAUGCCAGAGAGCUGUGACAGGUUUGCAGUCUCGUUGUGGCCACUGCACCGAGCAGGAGGAGAGACUGCUGAGAAACGUGGUGUCGUCUCUGGCACAGAGUCUGCAAGAUCUGUCCACCAAUUUCAGGCACACGCAGUCCAGCUACCUAAAACGUAUGAAGAAUCGUGAGGAGAGAUCAAAGCACUUUUUUGACUCAGGACCUCUAAUGGAAGAGGAUGAAGAGUUAGCUGUAUAUGACAAGGGGUUCACAGAUGACCAGCUGAUGCUGGUGCAGCAGAACACAGUUAUGGUUGAAGAACGAGAGCGGGAGAUCAGACAAAUAGUGCAGUCCAUCUCAGAUCUGAAUGAGAUAUUCCGGGACUUGGCAGGGAUGGUGGUGGAGCAGGGCACCGUUCUUGACAGAAUCGACUUCAAUGUGGAGCAAGCUUGUGUUAAAACAGACGAUGGACUGAAACAAUUACAAAAGGCAGAACAGUAUCAGAAGAAGAACAGAAAGAUGCUGGUCAUUUUGAUCCUCUUCAUCAUAGUCAUUGUUCUAAUAGUUAUUCUUUUUGGAACAAAGUUUUAAUUAAGCAUUCCUCUGGCUUUUGUUUUCUGUGUGGAUGUUUGUUGUGCAUCUGUGUGGACUCGGUUCUACUCAAAACAAAGCUGACUGCCUUUCAUACCCACCAGGAAACGUCUGAAGAAUUCCACGUCUCUCUUUACCAGGUGCACUUCGGGCGACGUGGAGAUGUUUUUGUGGUUGAUUUUAAUCAAAGAAACAAUCAACAAUCUGUUUGAGCUGUGGCUGUUUUAUCAAGCAACCCGCACCGAAAAUGGCCAAGACUCUUUUGACAGAGGUUUGCUGAACCCGACCACGUUGACAUAUCUGUGUCUUAUCAAACAAAAACACUUUGUUGUCUUUAAAAAAUGGACAACCAAUGUUAAAUUGCUUAAAGCAGAACAUUCUCUGCUUGAAUUCAAAGCAGGAAUUGUGAUGUUUGUUGUGUGAAAAUGCAUCAUUUCUGUCCAGUAUCAUUGCAAAUGUUUUGUUUUCUGUGAGGGAAGAUGUGACGAGAACAAACGUUUGUGGAAGAGAAACAUGCAGCAGAUUAACUUUACUGCAAAUUCAUUUUCAUCUCAUUAUUACACCUGGCUCAGUAUUUUACCUUGCAAGACGAAAAGAAAAUGUUUUGUAUUAAAGCAGCACCAGAUAUGAAUAGAAUAGUUAUAAAGUACCAAAAAUAUUCCUUUGGUUGAAGGACCACCUGCUUUUUUAUCCCUUCACUCCCAAAUUUAAUAAUAAUAAUGAUUUUCUUGUAACUCCACUGUUGGUCUGAGGAGGGCGUCAACAGCAAGGAGCUCUCUCCGAAUCAUCCUAUAACUUUAAAAUCACCUGUUUCACACCUGCACUUUUCAGGAAGUGCUCAUUUUAAAACACUCGAUUGUUUUUGUUUUUCAUGGUCCUUGCAUUAAGUGCUACCUUUAUUUUUUUUUUUUUUUAAACUCUUGCAGUUUGCACAUAUUGAGGCCUGAGUGAGAGGGGGAGGGAGGGGGGGGUGUUAUGGAUGUAAUACUACUGUCAUCUGUAUGAUGAAAAGAAUUAUUUAUUUUUUAAUAACUACAAAUAAUCAAGAGGUUCAGAGGUGUUCUGUCUCCGGCAGAAUUACUGUAUAUUGAGUGUCUCUGUAGUCUAAACCCAACAGUUAUUGUCCGCUCUACUGAGGAAACUGUGACAUAGUCCAACACAACCAGCCAUAUGAAGACAUGAGGUUUUUUUUUUUUCUUCUUCUUUUCAGAUUGGACACUUUUUAGUUCGCUGUGUUGGAAAUUCUUUACAUGUUCUAGUGUUUUAUAAAGACUGAUAAGCUGGAAUGAUGAAGAGCUUUAUCUGACAUGUACACUUUCUACGCCUGUUAAAUCAUCUUUGUCAUUGAUGUGAAGUUGUGUGUGAAUAAUGGUUAUGAUGAUUAUGUCCUAGUGGUACGCUACUUAUGUUUUGUUUGGAAAACAGAACUGGUGAAGAGAUGGCAACAUGUUUUUUUUGUUUUGUUUUUUUUAAUAAACCUGGAACAUGA